AUGGCACUGAAUCCAAAUAUUCUUGGUACCUGGCAGGUGGACUUGUCAAAAACCACUGGCCUAGAAGACUUUGCCAGGGUCAUGGCCUUUACACCAGAGAGAACCGAGCGCUACAGAAAUCUAGAUUACGCAGUCACCGUCAGUCAGGAAGGCGACGCCUACAAAAUCGAGGUCGAUUUUAAGGGAGCUGUACCUAAUGCUUCCUACACUCUAAAAGUUGGUGAAACAAUAGACUACAAGUCUGUCGAAGGCUACACCGCCAAGCUGACGUUGACUGUGGAGAACGGACAGCCAGUAGAGACAUACGUUUAUACCGAAAAGAACAUCUCCUGGAAAGUAACAAGAAAAGUCGAGGGUGAUGUCAUGACAGCCGUAACCACAGUAGGAGAUGCCACUCUCACACAAGUCCUGAACAGAGUAUAA